AUGUCAUUCCCCAGCCACGAAUACUCCACGUCUGCCCAACCUGAUAACGUGACAGGCCUGGCCGGUGGAUCGUAUCAAACAAACCAAGGCUCCAGUAUGGCAGCCAACGACAGUGCGUAUGUUUCGUCGCCUAGCACGCUGACCUCGCAGAGUGCAGGCUCAUCAGGCUUCGAGACUCCCCGUCGAACACAAACAUAUGGCCGACGGCAAGAAGAGCUUCAUAUACCACCAAACACAGCCCCAGCCCAAUCAACACCAAAAGAUCUACCGCGGCAUCAUUCAUAUCAUUCGUCACAAGAAUUUGUUGGGGGUCCAGCUCCUGGGAUCAAUGUUCAACAAGCUACGCCUCAAGAAUCUCACUACGCAAACGCUCCAGGGGGAAUAUCACUCCCAGGCUCUCUACAACCAGGCCGUCCAGGUGCCUCAGCGUCCAUUACUGCGCCUUCUACCGUACCAACUUUGCCUCAAACCCAGAAUCCCCCUCAAAAACAACCCCAUUCCUCACGACCCUCGACGACCAGCCAAGCACACAGCUAUUCUCGGUCCAGUCCUGCUGGUAUGGAUCAACCAAAAUACGCCCCUUUUGUCAAUACCCCUGAGAGUUCCAAAUACUCGUCACCGCCUAGCCACAGAUACACGUCAUCUCAGACAGCCCAAGGUGACGCUGGAUACUCACCGCUCGGCUUGGCAGAUAUACGACCGUUAGCUGACUCGGCAGUAAAUGAUGGACCUCAAAGCGGAAACUCAUACUCAAACGACGGCUAUCCUGCGUUCCCCACGAACAGCAACUAUUUGGCUCCAUGGGCAGUCUAUGCCUUUGAUUGGUGCAAAUGGCCAGUCCAGCAGCAAACUUCCGGCGAUUCAGCCGGCAAGAUGGCGAUUGGAAGUUACGUCGAGGAUGGGCAUAAUUUCAUUCAAAUUCUCGAGACUCAGAUUGCCCCAGAGCCAGAAGUUGACCAUUCAAUAGACGCGCCCCAAUUUGGUCUUGAAUUCGUUAAGACCGCGGAAGCGACACAUUCCUAUCCUGUCACAAGGAUAUUGUGGGAACCGGCGUCCUCCCAAAAGCAGUCUACUGACCUCCUGGCUACAUCUGGGGACCAUUUACGCUUGUGGUCUUUGCCAUCACAGUCGUCCUAUAACCCAAGAAACUCUAUAUCCCGCUCGUCUAAUAGUUCACAGCAGCCGCCUCAAAAGCUGACACCUCUUGCUCUUCUCUCAAACUCCAAAUCGCCCGAACACACUGCACCACUCACUUCAUUGGAUUGGAAUACGCUUUCUCCAAGUCUCAUUAUUACUUCCAGCAUCGAUACCACUUGUACAAUAUGGGAUAUACCCACGCUUACGGCCAAGACGCAACUGAUAGCGCACGAUAAAGAGGUCUUCGACGUCCGUUUCUGCGCUAACAGCGUUGACGUAUUCGUGAGCUGUGGCGCCGAUGGUAGUGUACGAAUGUUCGACCUCAGAAGUCUAGAACACAGUACAAUCAUAUACGAGCCUUCGGAGAAGAACAAUGAGAAAUCUUCAAGUCCUGGAAACAUGAGCCCAACGACGGCGCAGCAAACAAUGUCAUACGCACCACCACUACUCAGACUAGCAGCUUCUCCCCAUGAUGCGCAUCUCCUGGCAACAUUUUCACAAGACUCGAACAGCAUACGAAUUCUAGAUGUUCGGCAACCCGGACAGGCAUUACUCGAACUACGGGGACACGCAGCUGCUAUCAAUUGCAUAGAAUGGUCGCCUUCUCGAAGAGGCACACUAGCAUCUGGUGGAGACGAUUCGCUAGUAUUAAUUUGGGACCUUCUAAACCAAGGCAAUGCCACGCUGGCCCCAGGCUCGAACGGCAAUCCGCAGGCGUCAGGAAACUCAACCCCCGCUAAUACACAAGGACCGACCGCAAGUUGGCAUUGCGAUUAUGAAGUUGGGAAUAUUAGCUGGGCGCCGCAGAGCGGCUUGACGAGUCAAGGGAGCGAUUGGUUGGGUGUUAGCGGUGGAAAGCAAGCGAAUUACCACGUCUACCGCAAGGAGCUAUUUGGGCUAUCAGUGAUCGAGUCAUCUGUUGGAGUCUUGACCUCCGUCAGUGUUGGACGGCGAAGUCCUGAUAGCGCAUGUCGAUCCCUCUUCAACCUCCCUUCCGCCAACAAAGACAUUCCUCUCCUUCCAAUACAUGCAUCCCGAAACCCAACGCCAUCUCAAACCCCGUACCAAACCGCGCCAGCAAGCCCUGACCCACGACCUCCCUCGAAAAUGACUGCUGUCCAGGUUCCGUACUCCGAUGCCCUUAUCACCAUCUCACGCCAGGAAGUCCACCUACAAAGCACCCUUCAGCACCUUCUCGAUGCCCAAAGCGAAGGUCUACUUGCUGGUCUCACAGGCGGCCCGCCUCAAGGUGAAACAUCAACUACAGGUAGCCGAACACCGACGACAGCAUAUUCCAGCCCAGGCGGCCCCAGGAAGCUAAAGAGUGUUGUACCCAUGCGGCAACCUCUGAAAAGGAAACUAGGUUUGAAAGGCGCGCGCAGAGGCAUUGCACGCGCCAUAUCGGAUUUAGCAACCCUGAAGAUUGAGGAGGCCAGGAUACUAGAGGGGGAACUCUUGCAGCGAGCAGAGACGCUUAGUAUCGUGCAGCGAUUUGAGACAAAGAUGGUCGGAUUGAAGGAACACAUUGAUAACAUUGAAUCAGAAGACACGACCCGCGAAGUGGAGGAUCUGAAGGGCGAGGAGAAGGCUUUGGCUCACGAGAUCCGGGAGCUGGAAUCUAGAUUGUGGGAAACGAAGGCUAAGCACCGCCACCUGCUACGAGAGAUUGAAAGUCUGGAUAGUAGUGUGCAGAGCAAACUCAGCUCUUAUCAGUCCGCGCUGACGUUGGCGGAGAAGGAGUCGAGGAAAUUCCUUGAGAGUCCACCAUUACGGGGUAAUAGGACUGUUACGACUACAGGGCUGUGGGCUUUACCGGCUGAGCGACGGACACUGCAAAUGGCGAAGGAGCAGUACGCUGAGGAGCAAGAUGUAUUGAGAAAGCGGUUUGACGAGGUGGAGACGGAAAGGGGCGCGUUGGAAGAUGGCUUUGGGGUCUGGAACGAAGUCGUUGAGGACGUUACUGGUGUCGAAAAGCUGCUACGGGAAGAAAUGCACGAAAUGCAAGCGCCUUUGGUCCAAGAGAACAAAAAUGGCAAUGCUAUAGGGGGAAUGAGGAAGAUUUUGGAGCAAAUGUCGAAAGCGAGAUCGCGGACUGAAAGCAAGCUGGAAGUCUCAGAAGCCCGGGAGUGGAAGCUCCUGGUUUGCUGCAUUGGGGCCGAGUUGGAAGCCAUGAUUGAAGGGCAGAGUGUGCUGCAUGGUGCACUUGAGGCUGCUCGACGAUCAGAAGGCGAAGAUUAUGUGAGUAAAGAUGGCAACGUCCCUGUUACACGUAUCAAUUCGGUCUCCCCAGUCGACCUCUCAGCACGUCUGGAAGCAUUGGGGAAGCAAGACUGCCCAGCAGAGCCCAGUAGUAUCUUGGAUAAGUCGGAGGACGAGGACGACGGACCUGGGCCAGAUUUGCUUAUUUCAAAUGAUGAUGUAUAG